AUGCUGCGGCGCCGCGUGACGUUCGAGGAGCCCCCGGGGGAGGGGGAGGGGCCGGAGGAGCCGCCCCGGAAACGGCGGUCGGUGGCCGUGGGGGGGCCCGGGAGCCGCUUCCCGGCGCAGCCGUCCCUGGACAGCGACGAGGACGAGGAGGAGGAGGAGGAGGAGGAGGAAGAGCAGCAGGGACCCCCCGUGGAGGGUGAGCCGGAGGAGCUGGGGGAGGGGCGCUUUGACCCCCACGGGCACUUCCUGCCCCGCCCCCAGCGCGAGCGGCCCGACCCCUGCCUGGAGCAGAUCCAGGGGCUGGAGGCGCUGGUGGCGCUGGCGACGCGCUGGUGGCCCGGGGGUGCUGGGGGUCCUGGGCGAGAGCGGGAGCGGCUGCAGGCCCGGCUGCGGGGGCUGGGCCGGGGGCGGGGCCUCGCCUCGCCCGGACACGCCCCCGCCUCGCCCGGACACGCCCCCGCCUCGCCCGGCCCGUGGGGGGAGGGGCACGGACAGCAGGAGGAGGAGGAGGAGGAGCCAAAGGAGGAGGGGGAGGGGCCGAGCCGCAGCCCCGCCCCCCUGGACAUGUUCGCCCCCCCCGAGGAGGAGGGGGAGGGGCAAAGGGAGGCGCUGCCCGAGGUGCUGUGGGAGUAUCACUGGGGGGGGGAGGGGCAGGGGGACGGCGCCGCCCCCCCGGAGCUGUUCGGUCCAUUCAGCAGCGCCCAGAUGCAGGAGUGGGCGGCCCAGGGGUACUUCCAGGGCGGGGGAGGGGCGCGGUGCCGCCGCGUGGACCCCCCCAACCCCCCUGGGCCCUUCUACGACUGCGGCCGCGUCGACUUCCAGCUCUACACCUGAAAUCGCCGGAACUCGCCCAAAACCCCGCCCCGCGCAAUAAACGCGACUCCGAGCCCGCGUUUGGGUGCAAU